AUGAAAUAUUUGAUUAUGUAUUUUUGCUUUUUCAGAAUAAAGAAACAUAAACGAAGGAAGCGUGGUGUGGAUUAUAAUGCUGAAAUACCAUUUGAAAAGAAACCAGCUCCAGGUAUGUACCAAUUGUGCACCAUUUACCACAAACCUAACAAUUGUAACAGAACUUACUUCAUUUGAAUUGCAUUUCACAUAUAUCCCAGCUUGUAAAUGAACAUUUUCUUUAGGUUUUUAUGAUACCGCUGAGGAGAAUGUGGCACCAAUCGAACCAGACUUUAAGAAACUGAGACAGGACAAUCUGGAUGGAAAAAUGAGAGAUCAAAAAGAAGCUGAGGAGAGAAGAAAAGACAAGGAAAAAAUGAAGAAAAGAAAAGAAAGUGAUUUACCCGGAGCUGUUAUGCAGAUCAAUAAGUAUGUACAAGAAGGGUAGAGUGUACCCCUCCCCUGUCAAAAUCUCGAUAUUGUAGGAUGCACUCCCCUGACAGAAUAUGGACACUCCAGUUAAUAGUCAGUGCAUUUAGGAGGGUCAAAUAUGGGCCUAAAGUUGUACAACUGUUUUUGCUGUUUUAAUUUGCUGUUUUAAAAUAUUCCAUGGGCAGCCCUGUCUAGGGGCUUCAAGUAAAAUCCACAUUACAAAAUUUGUAAAUUAUCUUAAUAUUGUAAUAUUUGUACAUAUACUUAAACAUCCUUCUUAAAUUAACUGCAAUGUAUGCUCUUUCUUAUUAAAGGUUAAAUAAUCCAGAUCAUAUAAAAAAGAGAAGUAAACUUGUUCUUCCCAGACCUCAAGUUUCUGAUGCUGAACUGGAAGAGGUGAUUAAGAGCUCGAAAAUCAGUUAAAAUAGCUUAGUCUUGAACUGUCUGUGCCAGUGUAGGUAGUGUUAAUAACAAAACUUCGGUUGAUGCAACUCUUCUACUUCUACCUGAAAAUACAAGUAAAGCUUCUAUGUUUCGAGCAAAGGCCUGCCCUUCAUUGGGAAGUUAGUAGAGAAGUUUUCCUUGUACAGUGGUUUUCAGGUAGUGUAAUCCCUAUCAAUCCAAAGUUUUCAAAAUACCUUAGUGCCUGUUGAUUUUCCACAAAGGCCCUCCAUUAUUGCUCCUUGCAAGAGGAAAUCGGAAUACUCUUUGAAAAUUUGCAGUGUUUUAUAGAUUUAAACUGGAAACAAUCUUCUUACAUGUGGUAGUGGCGAAACAACAAUUAGACAACCGUGUGUUCUGUAGGAAUCAAAGUCUUGGAGGUGACAUGCACUAACGAUUAUGCCGCUGUCUCUUUGUAGGUAGUGAAGAUGGGUUUUGCAAGUGAGACAGCUCGAGCAAGCGUUGAAGAAGGGAGUACAGCAUCUGACGCUCUAUUAGCUGAAUAUUCCAUUACACCUAGCAAUCUGAAUCAACUUAGAACACCACGAACACCUGCAGCUCAAGAUACUGUCCUUCAGGUUUGUCUUAGUAAGAUCUGUAGUCCGUUAUAACUUGGCUCGAUGACUUGAGAAGAAAUGUAUUAUAUACAGUAUAUUUAUUGUAGAAAAGCUCAUCUUGAUAAAUGUUUUCACCAUCAUAAUUGCUGGAUACAAUGUCAUUAGAUGAAUAAAUUAGUUUGCCUUUGUUUUGUGCUGCUAAGGCCUAAAAAAACCCCUGUGGUUCCCUAUUUUUUCUGCUGACCCUAUUAUUUUUUCAACCCGAUUGACCGUGCGACCCUAUUUUCUCCGGGUGGUUGCGGGCUGCUGCCAAAACGGCGUCUGUUAUCACACUAAUUAUUGAAAAAAAUAUUCAAAAAAAAAUUUAUUUCAGACCUACCGACCCUAAUUUUUUCGCGAUAUGAAACCGGAACCACAGGUAUUUUUUUAGGCCUAAAGCUGAACUAAGGCCAUCAUAUUAUGCAGCUCUGAAAGUGAAAAAGAUGGUCAAGAUAAGGUUUUCUACUACAAUAUGAUGAUAUAUACAGCGAGUAGUCAAUUGACAAGUUUUCUACUUCAAGGAAGCACAAAAUAUCUUAGCUCUCAAUCAAGUGGACACGCCAUUAAAGGGAGGAAUGAACACUCCACUUAUGGAGUCAAGUUUUGAAGGUGUAACUCCCAAGAGAGCUGAUGUGAAAACUCCAAAUAUGAUGCUGGGAACUCCUUUCAGAACUCCACAGAGUGAAGGACAAGGUAGUUGAAUAUUUAAAACCAUUCCUGCGUUCAUAGUCAACGUGAUUUGAAUAGAAAUUUGGAAAACUUCAAAGUGUCUACAAUGACCUAUGGUUUUAUGGUGAGACAACUUCACAAUGCGCAAUUUUUUUAAUGAAAAUAAAAUAAAUUAUCUUUUCGGUACCUUUUCCAAGGUUUAACCCCACGUAUGGGUGGCACACCGGGUCCCAAAGGGACAAUAACACCCGGACGAGGAUCAGUGAGGGAUAAACUGAGUAUUAAUCGUGAAGAUGCAUUGGCUGAUGAAUAUGAGUCAGCACAUAUGGCUAGACAACAGCAGGUUAGUGAUAGUUGACCACAUUUCACUGCCCACCUGUAGCUAUAAACAAAACUAACUUUACUUAUACCGAAUAGCUCUAUUUACUUUUCAACUGUUCUUCCUAGAGGUCCAGUGAGGACCAUCCCUUAAAUUUAUAUACUACCUUUAUCUCUACUGAAUAGCUCUAGUAGUUCUGAACUGUUCUUCGUAUUUUUCUAAUAUUCAGGAGGAACAGAGGUCACGACUCAAAGAAAGUCUUGCAAGUCUUCCAACGCCAUCCAAUGACUUUGAAAUUGUUGUCCCUGAGGUACUGUAGAAAAUACUUUGUAGUUGUAUUCACACUGUAUUUAUUAUCGUAAUCAUGGCAUGUUAUAAACCUAUUUGGCUAUUGCCAAUGUUGUUCUUCUAUUUUCAGUCUGGUCCUGACGAAGAAGAGAAAACAAAAGAUGGUAGUUUUGUUGAAGAUGCGUCAGAUGUUGAUGCGAGAGCACUUGCACUCAGAACACUCGAAGGUGACAUACAAUUCUCACGCACAUUUUUCAAGUUUGUUGUUUCUUCACAUGUGCUAAUAGACUGACGGAAUCAUUCGGCAUCAAAGUGGUCAAUGCGUGCGCUUUUUCAUCUGCUAUACUUGCCUACUUCCUCUGCAAAACUUGCUAUACUGUGGUUUAGUUUAGUCACUUUAUUGAGUUUCUCGCUCAUUGGUGCGGAUUUGCCAACGCCAUAUUGCCCAAUUGAUACGGGAUCCGACAGCCGUUCCGCACGUUGUAACCGCAAAUUGUAAUCUAUUGGCGUUGUAAAGCCAUUGUAUGCAAUAAAGUAUUGGAUUGUAAUGGGUCUACAAUUACAAUAACUCUAAUCCAAACGCUCUAAAGUUGCAUGAUGACCUUUUUUAUCAUUUUAUCACAAUAAUCUCAUGAUAUUGAUUAUGUCAUAAUCUGAUUAUGCCUAAUAACGUCAGUUAACUAGUAAGUUUAAUUGAUGGAACUUCACUGUAAAUACAAUAAUCUUAUGUAGAGGAAAAAGAACGCAGACUAUGGUCACAAGCUGUUCAACGCGACAUGCCUCGUCCUUCGGAUGUCAACACUACAGUUCUACGUCCAGCGAACAUUGAACCACCGUUAACAGCGCUACAGAAGGUACAGUAUGAAGUAAUGUUUGAGAUUGCUGCGGAGACAUACAACGACCUGAAAAAUAUAAGCAGAACUUCGACGUUUCGAGCGAAGGCCCUUUGUUGCCUAUCAGUUCUUACCGUUGCGAUACUUUACUUACCAGUUCCCCCAGGCCUAGAAAAUAUAUUUAUCUACCUGGAAGCAAAAUUCAAAAAUUAAAAUUUCCUGUGUAAAUCAACCAUAAAACGUCCUGCAUAUGUAAAUUUCAGUGAACAUGUUGGACUCUGCAGAAUACCGCACAUCUCGACUUGCAAAAUGCUUAAUUUGGAAUUUUCAAACAAUAAGUAAAUUAUAUGGCAUUCCUGUAUAUAAGAUGACAAACAUUUCUUGCAAAGUGCAAGAAAAUUUCCUGUAGUGCUGCUGGCGGUGCCGGACAUUUUUCAGCACUGAACUUCCCAACAAAGGGCAUUCGCUCGAAACAUUGAAGUUCUCCUUGUAUUUUUCAGGGAGUUGUAUCCCUAUCAAUCUGAAGCUUUCUUAUUAUUGCCACUACCUACACUGGCACAGAAUGUUCAACAGUAUAUCACAUGUCAUAUUCUCAUUAGGCUGAAGAGUUAAUCAAGAAGGAGAUGAUCACAAUGCUUCGCAAUGAUAUAGUCCACCAUCCAACCAGCAAUCAGGUGGAACUCCUUAAACAGAAAAAGACCCGCAACUCCGUUCAGGCGGUGAUUGCCGCAAAUCAGGCAGCGCUGGAGCGAGACCAGUAUGAGAAAUUCAACGAAGAAGAAAUGGCCGACGCCAAGAAGUUACUGGUGAAAGAAAUGGAGUAUGUGAAACAGAGAAUAGGACAUGGUGAUUUGCCGCUAGAGUCUUACUCUAAAGUAUGGAAUGAGUGUUAUGCACAGGUUAGUGAUUGCCUAGAAGUAAUAUUUCAACUCCGACUACGAGGACUGGAUUAGAUUUCAAAUCCGCGCGCAAUUUCAUCCAGACCGAGGCAAAGCCAAGAUCAAAAUGCAAGGAGUUGAAAUCUAGUCCAGUCCGAAUUGGAGGAUUUGAAAUGAGAUCUCAUACGAAUAAAUCACUACUUAGACUGAUUUAAUUCCGAUCCAGUCCUAGGACUGAAUGAACAUACUUCACACCAGGCAUCCAGUAUUAUCAUGUAAGCAAAAUAAACCAAUAUGGUUGGUUAAUUUACUCAUGAAUUAUUAAUGAGUUUGAGAUAAUACAAUUUCUUUUACUGGCAGCAAAAUACCAUCAGCUGCUAAACUUGACCAUUAUUUGCUGUCGUUGACUGAAGCCCACCUAUUCCCAAUUUCUUAUCUCGAAAGGAAUGAGAAGGUAGUCUUGAGCAGCAUAGAAUCAGUAUGUCAUUUGUUCCAAUUAAUUUUCCCCACUAGGUCAUGUUUUUACCGUCACAAAAGCGAUACACAAGAGCUGCGUUGGCCAGCAAGAAAGAUAGAUUGGAAUCACUUGAAAAACAUCUCGAGGUAAAGUUGCGGUCAGCAAACUUUUCAGUGCACAUAAUCAGACUAACAUCAUCUUAAAUAAUUUCACCUGAGUACAUACAUCAGAACAGGUUAUUCUAUAUCACGAAGUUAAUAUUUUCUGUCCCUAGCUCAAUCGCUCGCAAAUGGCUCAAGAUGCGAAGAAGGCUUCGAGAAUAGAAAAGAAAUUGAAAGUUCUUUUAGGAGGAUACCAGGUAAACGAGGCCCACCCAAAACACCCGCUUUGCAGGCUGUGGGUAUCCUGAUUAUAAUUCUGUGUCAUUUUUCGUUCAGUCUCGCGCUGUUGGUUUGGUGAAGCAAUUAUCAGAUGUUCAUGAUCAAGUGGAGCAAGCUUAUGUCGAGAAAAGAACUUUUGAAGAACUGAGGAAUCAGGAAACAAAUUCAAUACCGAAACGAUUACAGGUAUGCAUUGUGGCUCAGUUGGUUAGAGUGCUGUUUCGAGUAAUCGCCAACAGUUCGACAACUGUCUCUCUGUAGCUCGUGGUUAGAGCUCGACAACUGUCUCUCUGUAGCUCAGUUGGUUAGAGCUCGACAACUGUCUCUCUGUAGCUCAGUUGGUUAGAGCUCGACAACUGUCUCUCUGUAGCUCAGCUGGUUAGAGCUCGACAACUGUCUCUCUGUAGCUCAGUUGGUUAGAGCUCGACAACUGUCUCUCUGUAUCUCAGUUGGUUAGAGCUCGACAACUGUCUCUCUGUAGCUCAGUUGGUUAGAGCUCGACAACUGUCUCUCUGUAGCUCAGUUGGUUAGAGCUCGACAACUGUCUCUCUGUAGCUCAGUUGGUUGGAGUGCUGCACCAGAAUGCAGGUUCUCUUCCUGCCAGAGAGCCUAUAGUUGUAUUUUUUGCAACUUCUCGGAACAUUUUUUGCAACUGCCUCGAUGUCCAUACAUGUCGUUAACUUUUAGUAAUAAAUUAAUUUAGUGACGAUAUAAUAAUCUUUCUAUCUCGCAGGCACUGGAAGAAGACGUGCAAAGACAAACAGAACGUGAGCACGAGCUACAACAACGUUUUGGCGAACUUUUGGUAGAACGCGACAACUUGAAACAUUCAACGUCGUCAUAGCAACAUGGCGAUGGCGUGUAUAUAGAUCAUUGACAUUGACCCCGCGUUGAACUAUAUAUGCAUCUCUGUGUAGAGUUCAAUGAUGUAGUAAGCAAAGCAAAUUGGCGCAAAAUUAAUGUGCGUAAAGCCAGCCUUGGCCUUUCACUCGCGGGCGAGUUACCUGCGAAUGAAUUUGCAAUGGUUUCCCGUUUGAAAAUAUCCGAACGGAG